CCCACACACCGGACCAUGAUGAAAGCUCUAAGCACCGACAAAUAUAAAAGGGAUGCCACACAUAGAAUGAAAGUUAAAGUUACAAGUAAAAAGAAAUAUAAGGAAAAUCCUGUGUUCAGAAAGAGCGUCAUAAAUCGUGUUAAAUUGCAGAGGCAGCUGUCAAAGAAGAAGGCAGAGAGUUUUAAGGAAGUCAUGAAGGACUUCCUAAGAAAGGUGGAACAUGGUCCAGAGUUUGUUUGCUGUGUGUGCAACAGACUUCUGUUUCGUCAUCAGGUUCUGCUGUGUGUCAGAGAGACAUACAGCAAAACUGCAACGAUGGCAGAGAUUGCAGCUCAGUGCAUUAGUGAGGACUACCUGCACUGCUGCAACAGGGACUGUGAGAGUCCAUGUUUGUUUUUGGAGACAGCUAGGGGCACUUUGUGGAUUUGCCACAGCUGUGACUCAAAGUUAAAGAGAGGUCAGACCCCGCCAGAGUGGGUCGGUAAUAAGUUGGGGGUUCAUCCUGUCCCGCCAGAGUUGGCAUGUUUAAAUAGUUUAGAGCAGCAUCUGAUUGCAUUACAUAUUCCUUUCAUGAAGAUGCUUGCUUUGCCUAAAGGUGGGCAAAAUGGGAUUCAUGGACCAAUCACGUGUGUUCCUGCCAACUUGGUGCAAACAACCAAUGUGCUGCCUCGGUCUGACAUGGAAGGAUCUUUGUUGCGCGUCAAAUUAAAACGUAAACUGACUUACAAAGGUCAUUAUGAGUAUCAGUUUGUUGAUACCAUGCACAUUAGGCAGGCCUUGCAAUAUUUGAAACAAAACAACCAAUACUAUAAAGAUAUAGAGUUUAACGAAGCUUGGCUCAAUGACUUUUGUAAGGAAGAAUUGGAAGUAAAUCAAAAUGAAGUAGAAAACGAGGCGGACAAAAAAGAGGAAAAGGCCGAUGAUGGAGAAGAUGAGCUUCUCCAUGACAGACAGACUCACUGCAUGUUCCAAGAUUCUGCUCUGUUUCCAGUGGACAUCGGCCAAGAAGUCCUGGAUCAGUACUUUGAGGACAUUUUGAAUUUGGCCCCGGCAGAAGGGAAUAAUCCGGUCCGGCUAUUAUCCAAUCGGGAAAAUGAGGCUAAAUGUUUCCCGGUUAUCUUUCCCGAUGGCAAAAAUGUUUUCCACGAAAUUAGGAAAUACAAAUUAUCUCUCUCGCGAUAUUUUAACAACAGGAUCCUCCAUGCUGAUGGAAGGUUUGCGCAGAACGUUGAGUACAUCUUUUUUGCCCAGUACAUGUCGGAGGUGGAGAAGGUUGUGUGUAGUGUGUCUGUGGCUCUUCGCAAAGAGAAGACUGGACGUGCAUCUGAAAGCGUAAGUGCCGAUGCACGUUCCGAGAAAUCUCUGAAGAAGCUGUUGGAAGUAGAUCAGGGAUAUUGUUUCCUCCGGCCUAUUCGAGGCACUCCGGCAUUUUGGCAGGCCACACAGAAGGACUUGUUGGCAUGUGUUCGUCAGCUGGGUCUACCAGUUUGGUUUUGUUCCUUUUCCGCUGCCGACUUACGUUGGAAGAAUCUCCUCGACACUGUGUUAAGACAGGAGGGGAGGACCCAAACAGCUGACCAGUUGGAUUGGACGGACCGAUGUGAUUUGUUGCGGAGGAACAGCGUUACGGCGGCGCGCAUGUUUGACUUCCGCUGGCAUUGUUUCCUCAGGGAGGUUCUGCUGUCUCCCGCCAAUCCAAUCGGGAAAAUUAUUGAUUAUUUUUACAGGGUGGAGUUCCAGCAGCGUGGGUCCCCUCAUGUUCAUGUUUUGUUCUGGGUGGAGGGGGCUCCACAAAUAGGUAAAGCGACGGUCGAGGAGGUCGCCGCAUUCAUUGAUAGAUACGUGACCUGCGAGAUUCCUGUGGAUGACGAGGUGUUGGCAGAGAUUGUACUGUCUGUUCAGCAGCACUCCAGGAGCCACACAAAAUCUUGCAAAAAAGGGGGGAAAGCAUGUCGCUUCAACUUUCCCAGAACAGCAUCCGGCCGAACAUUUGUUAUUGAUGAAGAAAAGAAACAGAAAUGUCCCAAAUGUUCGGACCCAAAUCAAUUAGGCGCAACGGACGAAAAAGCAAAAGAUCAAUGCAUCUGCUUUCAGAUCAUGAUGAGGAAGCACGAAGCUGAGAUGGCAGCAGAAGCAUUGAACGAAAUUACAAGAGAGGUCCUCGACGAGAAAUCUAAAUUUGACACCCUGGAGCAGAUCUUCGAACAUUUCCAAAUUGACCAGGAAAUAUACGAAAGUCUGUUCAGGGCCUGUAGCAGGAAAAGAAAAGUCGUCUUAAAAAGAGAUAAAAAUGAAAUCUGGAUCAAUCCGUACAACAAGUCCCUGCUAAAGUGUUGGAAUGCAAACAUGGACAUUCAAUACAUCGUGGAUGCUUAUGCAUGCGUCGUGUACAUAAUUUCGUACAUUUCAAAAGACGAGCGCGAAAUGGGUCUGUUGUUAAGGAACGCCCAAAAAGAAGCGGAAAAAGGAAACGCCAGUGCAAAAGAGUCACUGAAGAAAUUAGGCACCGUGUACUUACACAAUCGGGACGUGUCAGCUCAAGAAGCUGUUUAUAGAUUGGCCAACAUGCAUCUAAAAGAAUGUUCCAGAAAAGUAGUGUUCAUUCCAACCGGGGACAACAUAGUUAGAAUGAGCAAACCACUGGCUGUUCUGCAGGAGCAAGGCGAGUCAGGAAACCAGUGGAUGCUCAACAUCGUCGAUAGGUACAAAAAUAGGCCAAUUAACGAAGAAUUUGAUGAUAUGUGCAUCGCUACUUUUGCGUCGGAAUAUCGUUUACUGUCGAAAAAUGAAAAAUCUAAAAAUGCGAUAGAACUUAGGCAUAAUUGUGGCUUUAUUGUUAGACGAACUCGAACAAAACCUGCAGUCGUCCGUUAUGCGCGUUUCUCUGAAAUGAAAAAUCCAGAGCGGUUUCAUUUGAGCAUCCUUCAAUUAUUCCUCCCGUAUCGCACGGACGACGACCUGAAACCGCAGGAUUUCAAAUUCUACCAGCAAUUUUACGAAAAGGGUACGGUGCGUCUUAGAAGCGGCGAAUACACUGUUGAAAGUGUCGUCGAUCGGAACCGGGAGAAGUUCGAGCUUGAAGCUGAUGCGUUAGAGCUGGCUCAGUUCGAACUGUCGGAUACUGAGAUUCUGGAAGCUGCAUGGGACAUGUUGGUCCCCGGAGCACAAUUAGAGCAGAGAGAGUGUGCUCAGGAGCUGCAGGAGAGACAGUCCGAGGAUAGAGAGGUCGGGGAAGAUCAGGAGCCGGAGAUUCCAGAUCUGGAUGUUCUCCGUGCUGAAGCUGCUCACCUUGAAAGGAAUCCAGGUCUUAGUAGGGAGGAGGGGUUGUUGCUGAUUAGCUCCCUGAAUCAGCUGCAACUCUCCACCUUCUUUUAUGUCAGAGAGUGGUGUCUGAAGAAAGUGGCUGGUCACAACCCAGAUCCUCUGCAUAUGUUCGUUACAGGCGGUGCAGGGACUGGAAAGAGCCACUUGAUCAGAGCAAUCCAGUACGAGGCCACGAGGUUGCUGUCACCUCUGUGUCUCCAGCCGGACUCCAUCUCAGUUCUGCUCACCGCCCCCACUGGGAUUGCUGCCUAUAGUCUGAAGGCAUCAACAAUUCACACAACAUUUGGAAUCGGUAAAGAUAUCCGUCUGCCGUACUGUCCUCUGGGUGAGGAUAAAGUUAAUUCUAUGCGCGUUAAAUAUCACGAUUUACACAUUUUGAUCAUUGAUGAGAUUUCCAUGGUGGACCACAGACUAUUGACUUACAUCCACGGCAGACUACGACAAAUUAAGCAAACGGGGGACUUUUCCCCUUUUGGGAAAGUUUCAAUUAUUGCUGUCGGCGAUUUCUAUCAGUUACCUCCCGUUAAAGGGAAACCACUUUAUGCAGAAACAUCUGAUGUAAAUUUGUGGUCCACGUUCUUCAAAGUGGUUGAACUGAAAGAGAUUGUCCGACAGAAAGAUCAAGCAUUUGCACAAAUGUUAAAUAGAAUUAGGACGCGCUCAAAAGAAACCAAAUUGUUACCUGGUGAUGUGCAAAUGCUGAAGCAGCGUGAAACAGGCGAGGGCAGCACGGCUUUACACAUUUUCCCCACAAAUGCCCAAGUGUUUGCACACAACUUGGAGCAGCUAAAAACAAUUUGUGAAGAUUAUUUUGAGAUUGGUGCAGAGGAUUUCAUUCCAAGUAAGGAAACAGGAAAUCUGGAACUGAUGAGUGGGCAUCAUAAAAAAGUCAAGAACAGCUGUUUGGAAGAGAAGCUGCUCUUAGGCGUGAAUGCUCGUGUGAUGUUGUGCAAAAAUUUAGACAUCACCGAUGGAUUGGUAAAUGGGGCAUGCGGCAUAGUCACCCACAUUGAAUUCCAUAAAGGUAGGGGUUUUCCAAAAUGCAUUUAUGUUAAAUUUGACGACGGGGAAAUUGGAAAAAUAUCUCGGAGAACUUGUGCUAAAGCCGACUUGCCUGGUUCCACUGCUGUAGAGCCCGAGGAAGAGCGGGUUAAUAACAAGGGGGGGGUGAGGCGACAGUUCCCACUCAAACUGGCAUGGGCAUGUACUGUCCACAAGGUUCAAGGCCUGACUGUCGAUGAGGCGGUAGUUUCGUUUAAGAAGAUCUUUUCUGCUGGUCAGGUCUAUGUUGCUGUUAGUCGGGUUCGGACGAUUCAGGGGUUAAUCAUUCGUGAUUUUAAAGAAAAGGCAAUUUAUUGUAAUAAACAUGCGAAGGCUGCUCUGGAGAAGAUGCCCCCCCUCCUGACUGAUGAAAGAAGAUGUGAUCUGUCUUCUUUCAAUGUUUUUUUGCUGAAUGUUCAGGGACUAACCAGACAUGUCUCUUAUCUGGCCCACUGCACACAGCAGCUGCAGCCUAACUGCAUUGCUGUGACAGAGACAUGGCUGACCCCUAAUUCUGACUUAGGCGCUGUCCAAAUUGACGGCUAUAGUUUCCACAGCCGUCCACGAGGCCUAUCCUACAGUGGUACCAACCCAGCAUUGGUCGGGCUGAGGAGUCAGCAACAUGGUGGAGUUGGUAUCUACUGUGUGGACGGAGGUGACAAUGAGAUUUUGGAGAAGCCAGACCUUAAUUUGGAGUGUGUCAUUUACAGGAGUCUGGCUCUAGAUUUAGUCAUAGCAGUAGUUUAUCGCCCCCCCUCCUAUCCUGUAGUGCUGUUUAGAUCCCACCUACAGGAUUUAGUGAUUUGGCUUGAGAGUAAAAGUUCAACGGUUGUGGUGAUGGGAGAUUUUAAUGAUGACAUCCUGAAGUCCUCUUCAAUUUGUAACUUAAUGACACACAGAGGCUUCACUCAGCAUGUCACUUCUCCCACAACAGAGAGGGGGGUAACGGUUAUAGAUCAUGUGUAUGUUAAAACUGACAAAUUUAGUGUAAAUGCUGUGGUCAGUCAAAUUUAUUUCAGUGACCACGAGGGGAUCCUCUGUUCAUUCAGUGCAGCAUGAGGGGUGAGGCUUUCUGCUGGAGACAGCCUGAUGUUUAUUGCAACCUCUGAAGCCAUGGAUGUUUUGUGUGAGUACUUAAUAAUGUUGUUGGUGUCAUUCUGGGCCUCUGAUCUGCUUUUUUUGUCCUCUAGUUGUUGAUCAAUUUGAUUUCCUGCCACGGGCCUCUUGUGUUGGUGUU